CACAAGACGCUGCUGCUCGCGUUGCUCCUCCUCGAUAGUCUCUUCAAUUCAAGAAGUGUAAAAGAGGCUUCAACCGGAAACCAAACUUUUUUCUUCGAACUUUUUUUUUUUUUUUUUUUUUGCUCUGAGGCAAAAGAGGAAAAGAGACGAGCUCACAGUGUCAUAAAACAACACGGUUCCUUUUUUUCUGCUUUUACGUUUUGCUGUUGGAAAUGUGUGAGCUGCCGACCAACGAGGGAGAAGUAAAAGGUUUCUGGAGAGGAGAAUAAGGGCGACGUCGAGUGAUUUCAGGCUGCACAACACUCACAUAACGGAUUUUGGUCCUUUAUCAUGGAAGAUGGUGGGAAAGAGGACCCAGCCCAGUGUAAAGAGCCAAAGUUCCUGGCUAAGGCUGGCUGGAUGAAGAAGGGCUACGGCAGACUGUUGGCCAGCUAUAAGGACCGCUUCGUCCAUGUGGAGAAGACAGAGAUCGUGGUGUAUGAAAACGAGGAGCUGCAGAACUGUUUGGAGAAGGUUGACCUGGAAAGCUAUGAUAAAUGUCACGAGUUGAAGAGCCCCUUCAAGAGGAAGCACCGACUGAUUCUCAUUCGAUCACCCAAGUCUGCAAACAAGGUCCAUGAUGUGAAGUUUCAAACUCAGACUGCGGAGGAGAAGGAGGCGUGGAUUAAAGCUCUGAGUGAUGGCAUCAAUCGAGCAAAGAACAAAAUCUUUGACGAGGUGAAGGUUGAUGACAGCAGUAAUUUAGAGCAUGUAACACGAACAAGACCCAAAGGGAACCGUAACCGACGGCCUCCUACCAGGAUACACAUGAAAGAGGUAGCUGAUGUGUCCUCUGAUGGUAUCCUGCGAUUGGAUCUUGAUCUUGAGAAUGCCACAAUGCCUAAUGGGACCUCCCAUGUCAGUGUUGAUGGCCCUGAAAAAACGGCCAAAACGCCAGUGACUCCAUCUAAAGACAGCAACGCUACAGAGAAAGAGUCAGAGCAAAGUCCUGAGGAAGAGACUAAGACUGAGCCAGAGACCAGUCCCCAGAAAAAGGUCUUUAAACCUCCCAUGCCCCCUAUCAAAGAGGCUAAACCCAGCUCACCACCUGAGGACGAACCUGAGAAGGAUGAUGGCUCAGAGAAAAAGGUCUUAAAACCUCCCAUGCCCCCUAACAAAGAGGCUAAACCCAGCUCACCAUCUGAGGAAGAACCCUUGAAGGAUGAUGGCUCAGAGAAAAAGGUCUUGAAGCCACCAAUGCCUCCUUCUAAAGAGGUGAAGCCCAGUGUUUCGCCCAAUGAAGAAGAAGCUUCAGAGGAAGACAAAGCUGAGAAGGUUCCUGAAAUGAGUCCAGAUUCCAAGAAAAAGACUGGACCACCUCCAACUCCUCCAAACAAACCCGUGAGCAACCUAUCUGAGGCCCCACAGUCCAGGCCAAACUCCCACCCUCCUACCCCUCCAUGCAAAGAGAAGAAACCCUCCCAUCCUGCUGAGGAGUUGAACCAAGAGGUUCAAGGCUCAGCUGAUGAGAAUAAGGAGGAGGAGGAAGAGGAGAAAGUGAAGGAGGUGACGGAAACAGCUUUGGAAACGGAUGAGGCAGAGCAGUCGGUUUCUAAAGAGGAUGACGGUCGUCAGAGUCCCAGUGCUGAAGGACAAGUUUCAGAAGACAAAUCAGGAGAAGCCGACAAUGAGCCACAAGAACCCAGCGAGCCGCUCGCAAAGAGUCCUCCUCUUGUUCCCAAGAAAAAGCCUGAGAAACCUGCUCAGCCCGACGAGGGUGAAGACAGUAGUGCACUGCUGCAAAAUGCUCCAGAUACCUCAGCCGGCUCUUCUCCAGCAGAAGAGACACCGCCCAAGAGUGAAGUCCCCACAGUGGUUGUCUCUGUGAAGGACCCGGUCGCUGAUAGCCUCAGCCUGAGUCCACUGCUCUGUCACUUUCCCGGGGAGAAGAAAAAGAAGGCGGAGGAGAAGUCUGUGGACAGCGGCCAGCACUCAGAUGAUGACAGCGAAAGCUCUGUGAGUGAGGACACACUCGCGGCUUCCACGGCUGCCCUGAGAGGAAGCAACGCCGGUCUGGAUGUGUUGGACGCCAACGAGGACGACGCUCCGAUCUCUGUUACUUUAAGGCACCCAAAGGUGGCGCCCAAGCCUCAGGUUGGAUCAAAGGCAUUUCCCUUACGACGCUCAGAGCCCACUCCUCCUCUCAAACCCUCAGCGAAGGCACGGUCAGCCUCCAUAGGAGAUCUGCUGUCCGUCUCUUCAGUCUGUACUGAGGCGAGGCAGCAGACCAGUGCCGAGGUGGAAGACAAAGCCACGCCGGCUGAGGAGGUCGGGAAACUGGAGGCCGAGGUGGCGCUGGAGAUAGAAAAGACCAGGGAGCUCCUGAGCAGAGUGUCCAUCAAGGGAGGUGACGGGGAGUCCAUGUCGGAGGACCUGCUCACCAAGGCCAUGGAGAAGCUGAAGACGGCCGACCAUGUCCUCAGAGAGGUCAAGAAACUGACACCAGCAAAGAACUCAAGCACCAGGAGGAAGAGCUUGUGAAAGAGCAGAUUGUCAUGUAAAUAACCAUUCGCUAAACCUUUCUCCUACUGAGUGAUUAUCCAUUAAUAAGUCAUCAUCAGUCCUGUCAAGAUCUGGAUCUCUCCGCAUCCUGUAGCGUUUGUAUGAGGCUUAAUAUUUGAUGUCUACAGAGGGCUUUUUCUUGUGUCUGUUCCAGAUCCAGAAACACCGGAGUGAAGUGUAACAGAUUGAUUGAACGGUGUGUCUUUUUGCUCCAAUCUUUAGCAUGUCAAGCUUACUACCCUUCUGUCUGUAGUAGUAUCUGAGCAUUACAAACAAAGCCUGUACAGUAGCCUAGAGAUAAGCUGAGAGUACUCAAGCUUCAAAGCACAGAUUCAAUACAAUGUGCUGGAGCUGAUGUCAAAUGAAAGAAAAAAUCCAUGAUUGAUGAAGUCAGCGUUCGCAAACAUUUUGACAGUUUUUAAAGUUUAAGGUGCUGCAGUGGGUUAGCAAAUCACCGUGCUAUAAGCGGUAUUAUAAAGUUUUAUGAUAAACGAUUUAGUGUAUGAAAGUAAGUUAAGAAAGGUUCCCAUGUCUCAUAGAAUUUCCUCUUCAAGCUUCUGACAGAGAAACGUAACAUCUCGAGUUUGAGACAGGACAUUACAUCCUGACGCCACUGUUCAAGCGUGGGCAGGGCAGCACCCUUCCAUUUCAGCAGGAUUGCACGUCUGGCCAAGAGCAAGGCAAAAGCGACCAUGCGGUGUUCUGUAGAAGUCAGGUGGGGGUUGCACUGUGUGUUUUAAGACAACGGGGUUCCACUCAGAGACCUUCAGUGGGUGCCAAAGCGCUCCAAACUGAAUUCCUCCAUGAUAUUGCUUUAAAUGAUUUGUGAUAACAUCACACUGUGACUAUGAUGUGCCAUAAAUAUUAACCCUUACUCAUGAAUAUACAGCAGCAAAAAAAAGGUACAUUUGUGUUUAGUGUGACCUGUGAAGGCUUCUUACACAGCCUGUUAUAAUUUAAGCUUCUUGAACAAAAAACAUAGGCUAGUACUGAUGCAGCACGUCUGAACAAAGUCGAAGCCUUUGCAGGAUAGCGUUUUAAUAUCAGUGAGGUAGAGCUGUGAUUCAGGCACACAUGUGAAGAGCUGCUUCAAGCCACCAGAUGUCACUGUUUGCUGAACUGAAGCCCUCAGACUUUGAAUCUUUUUCAGCACAGACACAAAGAAAGGCUUCCACGCCGUUUUAUGGCUUCAUCUGCAAAAACAGCCCCCACCCCACCCCCCCUCAGUAAAAACACAUAGACUGUUUGCCCACCAUGUGGAUACUUGCUCUGGAUGCUCAGAGAUCAGACUUUUUCCCCACAUCAUUUUAAAUGUAAAUCUGUUUGAAUUGAGUCUGUUUAUAGCCAGCUGAUUGUGUUGAUUGUCACUUUAGAAGGAACGAUAAAUGGCUGCCAGCUAGAAAUGGCAUGAAGGAGACAGGGUUUAGUGAGCGGUCAGUCGAUGGACUUGGGGAAUAAUGACAUGACGUGUCUCAUUUUUGAUUGUUGUGCAGAUUAUGUAACUGUUUGCUCAUAAUUAACUACGUGCAAUUAUUUCUAGUUUCACUUUCUCUGCAGCUAAACGUAAAGCUUCAUUUUUAUUGCCCAUUUUGUGUUUUGUUUAUAUCUGACAUUUCAAGGAUAAUUGCCUGAAGGAUAAUUUGAGAAUGAAUAAGAAUAUGAAAAUGCUAUGCUGUCAGUAAAUACAUUGAGAACAUGCAAAAUGACUCAAAUUUGUAAAUACCAAAUUGCACAACUUAAUAUUGUCUUGUGGAUUUAGAAAGCUUUUUCUCUUAUUCUCAGUUCCCAUGUUUUAGCUGGCAGUUUAUAUGAGGGAUUUUUUAUUGUACAUACUUUACAUGUUCAUCGCAGCAUUGUGCUGUUUGUUGUUGAGGGACAUGUACCAACAUAGCUCAGGAGUUUUCUAAAAGUGAUCUUUAUAGUCUAACCAUGUGAAUAGAAUAAGAAAGGGUGGGCAGUUUUGUUAUUAAUAAUAUGUUCUUAAUAGUGAUGCUGUGGCCUUAAUAGCUCUUAAUGCUCUCACUAACACACUUGUAAUAAUUGCUCAUCAGACAUGUCUCUGCAUGAAGGAUUUCCCCUGGUUUUAUCUGACGCUUUGGUAAAAGCUAUUUCCACACAAUCUGCCUUUCAGAGUAUGUAAGAACAUUUUCUAACAUUUUGUACUCUUUGAUAACAUUUUCUAUGGCUCAAAUAAUUAAAGGGAAACGAUGUGUUCA